CAAGGUACCUUCAGGGCCAAUAAGCAUCAGAGAGGGUAGUGGGUUACAAAUCAUCAGGAAAAGUUAGAAGCAACAAAAAGCAAGAAAAAUUUAAUCCUAUAAUGAUAGUCGGUAUAUCUAAGCCAAGGCAUUUUCAAAAAGGUGAUGCUUCCCUAAUGUAUUUAUUUGUGUAAGAAGGCAAUUAUGCUGUUAAAAUGACCGUGGUAAGCAUGAUUAAAAAUAGUCAAUUUUACACAAAAUUCCUUUGUCUUUUUAUUCAUAGUACAAGUGAAAUAAACAUAACGCGGAGGCAAUAUAAACUGACUGCAGAGGUGAGGAGAAUGGAACAUUGCGUUGAAAAUGCUGAAACCAAACCAUGGGAUGCAAGGGAGGAUUUGGGUUGAUUUCAUGGCAGUUGUCCCCACAGUUCUAUCAUUCGAAUGAACAGUUAUUUUCAAACAUUUAUGGCCCGGCCACUUCUAGCCAUUUUCACUAUUAUCAGUCACUCAGUCAAUCUUUAGUUCAUUUCUGCUCCUAUCAGCAAUCAUGGCUUGGAUUUUAAGCUGAGGCAGCGUACCCUAGUGUAAAACAAAUAGCAUUCUUAAAUAUAUUGGAAGUUGACUUGAAGAUUAUGCAGGAGCUUAAUAUUGAAUUACUUCGCAAUAAAUCAUGAAAAAGAUGAACACCCACAAACUGAAUAAUGUGUCUUGUCCCUCACCAAUGUUUGUGAAGGACCUAGUUCUGUCUAGAGAAGGACCUAAUGCUUGUGAUGCAAAUUUGUGAGAAUUUUUUCUACCAUUUUUAACACUUGGCUGACGAUAACUGCAGCUUGGAAGGAUGCCGAGUAAGCCUACCACCCUUGCAGUGCAGUGUGACGAAGUCGUCAAACACAAUAACGCAAGACAAGCUUGCUGCGUGUUUUUGUGUUCACGUGACUUUGUCCCAGUCUUGCUGCACUCUACUAAGCAAGUAAUGGGAGCCAACUCGGCUAAAUCUCAAGUGUUGGUUCUGGCGCCGUUCGCACUGCUGUCCCAGAGUUGCAGAGCAUCGGGGGUUUGGGGACAUUUGGGCGACCGUUCAGGUGAGCCUUGGUAUGAUCCUAAUUAAUAGAAUAAUUGUGCCUGUGUUUACCAUGUCUUUUUGCUUAAACUUGUUCUGUUCCUCUCACCCUGUCAUCCAACAUCAAUGCGCAGGCCUCUCCCGUCGGUCACUCCUGUGCUGCACCAGCUGACGCCAAUCUUGCGGCACCUGUGAAUGGCCUCAUUUCAUCGCAUUGUGUAGUCGUCUUCGACUCUGCUUCCCGCCCACUUCUUGUUUCUGUGGCUCUAAUGGCUAGCGUAGGGCAACUCUGUGUUGUGUCUGUGAAAGCCAGCUGCAGCUAAAAGGUGCCCACCAGGAAGACUGUCAAGGAUGGGCGUGCACUUGCAGUUGGUCUACUCAAAGGAAACAUGGCAAACCAUAUAGGCCGGCUGCACCUGUUACCAUAUUGAAAAGAAUAUAAGGUGCUGUCCUCAUUGAUUUCACGAAGCCGUGGCAGGUGGAAGCACAGAUGAAGAUGUGCUUCAACUAUGGACUUGCGAAUGUGGUGUUGUGUUUACGACAGGCGCACAUCGUUCUUUGUUUUUGUGGACUCCUCCAAGACGAACCGUGUCAUAUUUCGUGCCCACCAGUAGUUGCUGGCUUUGAAAUGCAAGUGUCUCGGGUGGGGAACUAAGCGAGCAUUCACCUCCUCCUACCAGUUGUUUCGGUAAUUUUAUUGCCCAGAUGUCUGUCGUUACUACGAACGAGAGUUGUGCUUUCUUCUUGGGACAAGGCUCUGUCAAAGCAAGACAUCACCUCUAUUGCAAAUGGGAGUCAUGCGCUGGAUCGGUCACUAUCGGGGAAGUCGCCUUUGGGGGAUUGGUAAAGCCAGCGCGCAUCACUUGAAGGAAACGGUGUGCUGCACGGUAUGGUUGGCAAAAGUGACCGAUUGAUAAUGUGGCUCGUGUUUGCCAGUUGGAUCUUCCCAAAAUGUGUGCAUGCUGUUUUGAUCGAGCUAGCUUCGUUGUCUGUGGAUGCAAUAAUUGCUGGUUGGCAGUAAUUUAUUCCGAUGGUUCAAUAUUGCGGAGUUGCUGCUUAAGUCGUCAGAGUUUCGAUUCUUGAUGCUACCGUGUUUUGUGUUGAAAUUUUUUAAUUCUCUAGUUUUCAUACUUGCUCCCAAUUCGGGGAGCUUUUAUCUGUUUAUGAAAGUGAUGAUAAUCAGCUGCUGAAAACAAGGCAUUCUUGUAUGCACUUGUACUUAUGCAGAGCUCACGUGUAGUGCGCUGCCCGCAUUAUCUGCCGUGUAGCGGUGCAUGUAGGGCUGCAGUAAGAGCAAAUUGUGACAUGGUGUUUUCGAUUGUCUCUGUUGCAUAAUCAGAUGGCCAACCUCAAAAUUAAGUAGUGCAGGAUAAGGUGCUGCGAGUGCUACGGUGACUCGGUCGUGCUUGCCCUCGAUGCACGUAGGGGCCGCGGAGGAUGUGCCACCGGACGACUUCCCGUGGCCAAAGGUGUCGGUGAGCCUGCAGAGCGCGGCCGACUCGGAGGAGCCCUUCGCCGGAGAGCCUCCUUGCGCUGUGCCACGUGCGGGCGAGCCCGUCUGCCCGGUCUGCUACCGUGAAUUCAAGAUGCGCUGCCACAUGGUUGUCCACCUGCGCAGUGUGCACAACGUGAACCCGACCACCGUCCUGCACAUGCCUCACCGCCGGAGUCAGCAGGUGCUGCAAAAAGGUCACGCAAAGCGCAAGACGUCCGCGGUGCAGAAGCGGCACCAGCCCAAGGCUGCAGUGGCACCUGCCGGCACUGUCUCGAAGGUGUCGACCCCGAAGGCAAAGCAGAAGCCCCAGCCAGGCGAUGCAGCACAGCAGCCACCAUCCAGCUCCCGUUUCACCGGUGGCAGUGGGGCGGCGUUCCCGUGCAAGUGGUGCGGCCGGUCGUUCGACUCCCUGCGGGGCUUGCUGAAGCACGAGCAGGUGCACCAGUGGAAGCGGGUGGCCGCCAACCGGCCGCUCUUCAAGUGCUCCCGGUGCGGCAGCAUCUACAAGUACCUGGGCGGGCUGGUGCGCCACAGGCUCGCCUGUGCCAAGGGAGCAGCCACCAGGCAGCCGCCGAGGGAGAAGGCGGCCGCCAAAGGAGAAGGCGGCGACGGCACCAAGACGUUCGGGUGUAACAAGUGCGGGGCUGUCUUCGACAACCAGGUCAGCCUUGCCAGGCACAAGGGAUCGCACACGAGAAAAGCCAGGGCUGCGUCCGGAAGUCGAGCGCCGUGCCAGUGCAACCUGCCCGGCUGCAAGGUGUGCGGGUGGCACCAGCAGGCCGGCGGCAGCGUUGCCGCCAGCGCCUACACGUGCCACCUGUGCUCGCAGGCGUUCCGCACCAAGGAGAAGCUGAGCACCCACCUGAUAACCAAGCACUUCAGGAUGUCCGUCUAACUGGGCAGCCUGAUGGUGCUGUCGACCUGACCAGUACAAAACCAGAUGUGUAGAAAUUCGUGCAACUUGCAAUGGGAAACCGACUCAUUUAAUAGGCUGACAGAGGGUGCACGUAAGACAUUUUUGGUCGACUACAUUGACAGUUCAUUUCAAGAUAACGUGACAGCACUACUUGAAAACCAUGGUUUCAUGUUUGUGCUUGGCGAUUGGCAAUUGCGAUGAGGAAAACCAAGUUUACACACUGAAAGCAUGCAGCAAAAAUCCAGGAGUGCAUUUGCAGUUAUGUUAGGAAUGUCUCGCAGAGUGCUGCGAAACAAGGUGGGUCACAGUGAAUUGCUUGACCUCGUUUGCGCAUUCAGGUAUGUGCAGUUGUGUACUACAUGGAGGCGGUAAGAGUGGCUGGGUGCACACAGGACGUGUUCAGCCGCUCCUUUCUCAAACGAAAAAAGAAAUUCUCGACUGCCAAGCAUGCAUGUGUUGUUCCAUUCUGUCAAGAAGCAGUAUUUCUGAGGGAUUACCAAGUCAAACGCAAGUAUUUCUUACUAGAAUUAAGAGAGUCCAAUUUACGUGAAGUAGGCAGGUCGGCCAUGCUUGAACAACGCGUACGUACACCACUAGCUUACUCUCUGUUUUUGAAACAAAUGUGCUGCUACAAAGGCACUAUAUUUUCAUACCUGUCAGCGUGCAGGUAUGCCUGUUUGCAUUUCCAUAGCACACAUGUUCUAGUUUCCAUUCUCCAUUGUUCAUAUCGCACAGAGCCUCUAUGGUCGUGUGUUUAAUGCAAAUAAAUAUAAUAGUGUUGCA